UCUGCUCUCCUCCCUCUCUCUCUCCUUCUCUCCUUCUCUCUCCCUGUAUCUCUCAGACUCACUGACUGGCCGAUCAGUCGAGGAAACACCACCAGAGAACAGAGGACUUCACUCCAUCACUCCCACCACUGUGUUUCUGUUGAUUUUCCACAUUAAUCUGCAGCAUGAAAGAAAGAAGACUCCCCCAGCCUUUUGUAGCGAGGUGUAAACUGGUGCUGGUCGGUGAUGUCCAAUGCGGGAAAACUGCCAUGUUACAAGUGCUGGCCAAGGACUGCUAUCCUGAGACGUACGUCCCCACUGUGUUUGAGAACUACACAGCCUGUCUGGAGCUGGAGGAGCAGCGAGUGGAGCUCAGCCUCUGGGACACAUCAGGGUCGCCAUACUACAACAACGUGAGGCCCCUGUGUUACAGCGACUCUGACGCAGUGCUCUUGUGCUUCGACAUCAGCCGGCCUGACACGGUUGACGGUGCCCUGAAGAAGUGGAAAGCAGAGAUCCAGGACUUCUGCCCCAGCACACGGAUCCUGCUGAUAGGAUGUAAGACGGACCUGCGCACGGACGUAUGCACACGCAUGGAGCUGUCCAAUCAAAAACAGAGUCCCGUCUCCCAUGAACAGGGUUUGUCCAUGGCCAAACAGCUCGGAGCCGAGGCGUACCUGGAGUGCUCGGCGUUCACAUCAGAGAAGAGCAUUCACAGCGUUUUCCGUACGGCGGCGCUGGCCUGCAUGAACAAGCUGCAGCCUGCCACCAAGCCCAGCCCCGUCCGCCGCCUCUCCAAGAGACUCCUCCACCUGCCCAGCAAGACGGAGCUGCUCUCCUCCACCUUCAGCAAGGACAAGUCCAAGAGCUGCUCCAUCAUGUAAAUACUGUUGGGAUCACGGUGGAGGACGAGCAGACUGUUGAGUGCUGUUGGAGCUGGUUUUGGGGCACAGAUGCAGGGUUUGCAGAGGAGAGAGAGAGCAAAUACGUGGAUUCCUUCCUCUUUCUUUCUCUCUCUCUCUCCUUUGCAGCCCAAACUCCCUCGACCAUGGCACGCAACUCUCUCUACGUUCUGCUCUGAAUCUGAACUUUUUGGACCGUCACCAGCAGUCGUCACAGUGACAGUGAUACUUUUUUGUUGUUCUGAGAAGUUUAAGUUUAAUUCUUUACAGUGUGGAGUGUGUGACAGGCACUUACAGUAAAGGUCCUGUUUUCUCCUCAGAGGCUGAUGUGAUCAGUCAACUUAAAUAAGGCCAGUACCUCCUCGUUUCCAAGGGGUUGUAAACACUGCAUUACCCUGAUGAGACCCACUUGAUAAUCUUGAUAGUGGCGCCCCUUUCCCCCACCAUCUUUUGAUUUAAAUGCCUCCUUAAGGUCACAAUACGGGCUGAGUGAUGAGACAAAAUGUAAAGUCUGACAGGGCAGGAAGCCGUAUGUACACAUUUUAAACAGUGGUCCCUCAGCAAAUGAUUCCCCCCACUUGACCCCUCACAGUGUUUUGUUCUGGAAUUAAAGCUGACGGUGGAGGAACGAGGAGAAAGAAGGGAGGGAUUUGGCAAGCAAGAGUCUUCACUUGUAGAAAGGUGGUGGGAGGACGAGCUGCCGAAGGAGCGCGAUGUGACUCAGCACUCGCAUGAGCCACGAAACGACGCAGCGUGGAUGAAAACAAACAGAAUCUGAGACAUGUAAAGACUGAACAUGUUCUAACAGAUUAGACCUUUCAUUCUCCUGAACCACAGCAGUCUUCAUAUAUCAAUAUGGCUUGAUUUUAGUGGAGUUCCAUACAUGUUCCCACAAAAACAUUAAAUAUUCUUUCUUUCUUUUUUAAAAAAAGAUAAAACAAAGAUUUCUUUGAAUACGAGCUAAACAAGAUGGAUUUAUUUAUAUCUGUUGCUUCAUGGAUAUUUAUUGAGGAGCAAGUUGGGACUUUUUAUUGUAGUUACAUACGUCUAUAGUGAACACAGUACAACUUUGAAAUUGGUGGAUUUCACCGAUCUUAAUUAUUUGAUAAUUAUAUUUAAGACACCCAUGCUUCCAUUGUUAAUAUCUGCAUUGGUUUCCAUUAGCUCCCAACGUUUUGGAGAAGGUUGUUGUACCCAACAAUGCAGACUGAAGCAAGCAUGUGACUAAAAGCUGACAGAGAAAGAGAGAAUGUUCACAUGAUCAUCUGGACUACAGAAAUGGUGAUAUUCUUCUUCUUCUUCUUUCCGCUUCUCACUUAAGGCCACAGCAGAUCGUCUUUUCCAUUAAUUUGUGCAUCUGACACUUUGAUACUGGCAUAUUUACACCAAGUAGCUUCCCAGAUUUUCCCAAGGCCGAGCAAAUCAAUCAUUGUCUAAUUGAAAUGGCAAUUUGAAACAAAGCCAUUAGCAAAUCACAAAGGGUGCCAAUAAAAUGUCCUAUGUUUUAUGCCAGUGGAAAAAAAUGCAAUACAUAGAUAAUAGAAACGCUUCAUGUUUUACAGUUCUUAUCCUUGUGAUAAAAUAUAGUAGUUUAUAUUUCUGAUGGCAUUUUUCAAUGAUUUGAAGGUCACACCAUCCUGGGUAUUACUACCUACUCACAAGGCUUUAAAUUGAAUUCCCGCCACACGUGCAUCAACACUAAAUGUCUCCUGAGAUGUUGGCCUGAUGUUGCAGGGUUUUUGAAUCGAUUCAUAGGUGGAGAGGUUUAUUAUUUUCUUUCUUUUGAGGUUUUAAUAAUAUAUCAUUUUCUACAUUCCCUGCAAACUACUCUUAACAUUUUCUACUUUUAAAUCCGCUUUUGUCUCGGAUGUUUCUACACUUGCUUCCCUGUGACGGUUCUGUUAGCUGUUGAUGUUGUUCUUCUAUUCACUCGAGUCUUCAGGCAUUAGCCGCUGUUGACAGCUCAGUUAAUAGAGGAGUCGGUGAUUUGUAGGUCUGCACCGAGAAGCCCCGGACUUCUCUGGAUGUACAGCACACUGGAAUUAAUGCGUUGCCUAGCAACAGUGCGAGCAUGGACUCCUGUCUCCCGGAGAAAGGGGAGGGAUGGCUCUCCGAGAGGGCGCCUCACCUUUUAUUUGUAGCAUCAGACAGAAGCCACAGCGAAGGUGACGGCUGGACAUUUCAGGGAGCAGCAGACACUUAAAUAACUCAACACUGGCUUUAAAGAAAUAUGGGUUGUUGGGAGCAGUAGCAUUCCGUCUUAGCUCAUGUCUCUGCAGUUCUUAUUCCAUUUGUCCUGCCAUCAUAAACACUCUCAAUUUUGACAUUUAUUAUCUUAGGGUGUCUGCAGAUGAGUGUCAGACAUUUAACUCACUUUUAAUACUAACUAUAAAGUCUGAAGGUGUUUAAUUAGAUGACAUAUUUUAUUUAUUACCAGAAAUACAUACAAUGUGAGGUGUAUAUAUAUCCUGAAAAUACAACUAAUGUGAUCGGGUAAGCAAUAGAAUGAUUGAUGGAUUGGGUCAUAUUGAAUUUAUUUAUUUAGUUUUUAACUCUCCUCCUCCACUCUCCUUAUGGCAUAUAUACAAAUGUACAGAGUUUGCUGGUUUCAAGAGGGGACAUCUCCACUGGUUGCAAAAAAUAACUCAAUUUGAACUUUUUUCAGAGGAGUCAUUGGUCUCAAUUGCUAGUUUCAGGUCCUCUUCAAUAGAACCGAUAGACAGUGGUGUCAAAUAUGUAAAUUAUGCUCACAUUCAAAGGAAAAUAGACAAUAAUGUGCGUUACAUGUGAGUGGACACAUCCAAUAGUCACCUGGUGACAUCUGUGAGCUCUGUUUGAGAAAAAAUGUGAACAUGGUGGCGGCAACGUCCAGAAUCUGGAGGCUUCAAAUUCAGAUUCUCAUGGGUGACACUUUUGUCCAUUCUGAGUUGAUGAUCUUCCUCCACUGCUGCGAUUAGAAGCUUUUGCGUCACAAUUAUCGGCACAGUUGACCACUAUCAUAACAAUGACGUGUCUCAGUAGUUUACGUCUUCCGAAGACACACACACGGAAAUAACUGAGAACAAAAACUGUUGCUUAAAGCAUCCACAAGAUGGGAUUUAUGAGUUAAUAUUGCAUUGUUAUAAUUGUCUUCUAAAGACUUCUCCUAUUUGAGAUAUUUAAUUUAAUGCCUUUUUUAAAAAAAACGAAAAACCUGCAUAUACACUGUAUUUUACUGUUCCUCUCAUGCUGGCGUUCUGUUGUACAUAUCCUUCCUGUUAAAACUGUUUAUAAGGAAUUUUCCCCCCCGGAACGAAUGUUAUUGAAGCAAAACUACAUGUUUGUGUCAAGUUGCCAGUUACGGCUUAAAUUAUUGACUGAAUUCUGUAAUUGUUAUUGUGAUACGCUAUUUUCAUCUCUGAGUCUUUAUUUAAAUAAACAUGUCUGAAGUUCA